UCGCGAAACAUUUGUUCGGCACGAUUGUCGUGUAACGUCAUAGUAAUAUCGUCGUCGCUAUCCGUGGACAUGUUGGCUUUCUUUCCAAUUGUUGUGGCCUUCCCGAGUGUAUUAUAGCACAGACUUGUCUUCGCCAUGUGGAGUAUUUUUUUAGUCUUCGCUUUGUUUCGAUUGUCCGACUCUUGCAACGCAACGCGGCAGUGUACAUACCCCUCCGACAACGCAUACACCGUAAAUUACACCGUCACGUCCGAUGGUCGGCACAUCGUGAAUGCUUCCCUAGUGCACGAUUGCUGUGCGAUAAUGCCCGUAGUGCCUCUUGUCGACACUGGCGCGGGCUCACUUGCUCGAAUCCGCGAGCCUCCCUCAAUGGAUGCGGCUGGUGUUAUUUGCCCGAGCUGGCCCGAGGAUGUUAUGCUCGUUCAAGGAUUAAGCCCUUGGCGGAACGCCAGUCUCUAUAGCCGUCCAAAAGUUUUCUUCAGCGAUGGCCUUGAUCACGAUUCAGCUGGGGUGGGCCAUUUCAUGCCCACCACAGGAUUACCGGGGUGCAGAAAACCCCAUCCCUUCUAUACAAAGUAUUUGCUUGCCCGGUCAGAGGACUGUUCAGUGGCGGAAGGCAUCCCCGUGCUGGGCUCUAAGAACGCUCCAGACGCAGCCAUGUUGAAGGCGGGAGAGACGAUUGCCGAAAUGCUCAGGCAGAUCGACGGCAAAUUGCCAGGCCUUCGCCGGUCGAUGGUGCAGCAUGCGCAGCGCUUCGCUGUCUGGCCCGACGCCGAGCGCAGGCUCGACACGUGUGAGCUCUGUAAGACGAUUGAUCCAUUUUUCGAUUGUCAUUCCCACAUAGAUUCCCGAGCUGGAAGAGAUACGAGUUACCACCCCGAAGUGCCGCAGUGUGUGGAGGGCGGCGGCGGUGGCGGGUUGUCGAUGCCCACCAGCUUCACCGAGGAGUACGGCAUUCCGUACCUGGAGGCCGACGGCACCGUGCGCGACUCCUUCUGUGGCACGAACGUCGUCGCGCACGAGUUCUUCCACUCCAUCCACGACGUCGGAAUCCAGGACGUCGCACGGCCGCUCUUCCUGAGGAUCGAGCGUGCCGCAGCGCGGGCGGUCCGAGAAGGCCUCUACGUGCACCACCCUGGGGCCAGAGACGACGGCUGCAACGAUGACUUUACGAGGUGCGUGGCGUACGAGUUCAUUGUGAAGGCGCACAUGCUCUGGAACGGUUUUCCAGCAGAUCCGCGAGAAUUUCCAUACCGCUCCCGCAGUGAGAUGAAAGCGAAAGCCCCUUGGAUCGCAGAGCUGGUCUUCGAAAUGUUCGAGGACGGGACAUGGAAUCCAUCCCUCGGAGCCGUGAUCGAGACGCCCAGGGAUCAGACCUUCGGCUUGGCAUGCAGGACAGCGCCAGGCUCCGCUCUCUGUGGCGCGCCACUGAGCGCAGAAUAUGUGGGACCGCCCAUGGCGGAGGUCUUGGCGCGCUGUGGUGGCAGCUGUUGGACCGAGGGCGACCGGUCACACCCACCGCACGUGCCCUCGUCAUUGCUUUUGGUAUGAAAGAUCGCCAGGGGCGCCCAAUAAUCGAUCGC